AUGUUUGUUACUGAUGGAGCUGUUUUUAUGAUUAGUUUGCUGGGAUUUUCACAAAUUUGUAUUGAUCUUAUUAAAAAUACUAUUGCAAAAGAUUGUCAAACAAUGCUUUUUUCAGCAACAUAUUCAGAUGAGGUUAUGGAUUUUGUGAAACGAAUUAUUGAAAAGCCGGUUAUUUUUCGAUUAAAACAUGAAGAACAAUCAUUAUCAAAUAUAUUCGUAAGACAAUUUUAUAUUGAAUGUAAUAAUGAUGAAGAAAAAUAUGAUGCUGUUAAAACAAUCUAUUUAUCAAUAACUAUUAGACUAGCAAUGAUUUUUUGUUGUUAUAAACAAUUAACUGUUGAACAACGUGCUGCUAUAAUAAAUCGUUUUCGUAAUGGAAAAUUUCGUGUCUUAGUUAUAACAAAUGUUUGUGCACGUGGUAUUGAUAUUGAUGAUAUAUCAUUAGUACUUAAUUUUGGAUUUCCACUUGUUUAUGAUGAUAAAAAACAUUGUUUUAUUGAUAAACCUGAUUAUGAUACAUAUUUACAUCGUAUUGGACGUGCUGGACGUUUUGGUCGUAUUGGUCAUACAUUUAAUUUAAUAACUCCAUCAGAAUAA